GACGAUGGUGUAAACACCUUGUGUUGAAGGAGCUCAGCUACACCCACGCCGCCACCCGCCCCUACACAAGGCUCCUGGUCCUCCUACAGUCAUCAGAAGGGCAAACCCUUCAACUAAACUGUACCUAACCAUCAACUGUAACUGUAUCUACACAUACACACACAGCCGCUAGCAAUGUUGCAUGCAGUUACAGUGUUAGUGUUGGUGCUCGGGGUGCAGUGUGGCCGGGGCGAGGACUUCUACAGCUACACUGUGAAGGAUCAUGCCGGGAAUAAUGUCUCCCUUGAGCAGUACCGUGGCAAGGUAACCCUAGUAGUUAAUGUGGCCAGUCGAUGUGGCUACACAGAAAGGACUUACCGAGAACUGAAGAAACUACACGAUAUUCUGAGCUUUGGAGGAUACUUUUCUGUCCUGGCAUUCCCAUGUAAUCAGUUUGGGGACCAAGAACCACAAGACAUGCCCGAGAUUAUCGAAUUUAUCGCCUCUGAGUUUGAUGUGGAGUUCCCAAUUUUCAACAAAAUUAGUGUGAUUGGAGAGCAUGCAGAUUCAGCCUUCAAGAUGCUUGUUGAGGAAUCAUCUGUCGUACCAGAUUGGAACUUUUACAAGUAUCUGGUAGACGAGACGGGUCAUGUUGUCAAAGCUUGGGGGACGCGUGUAUCAAUAGAGGAAAUUUUUGACGAAGUUCAAGCAGCUGUCGAUAAGGCCAAGCAAGUAGCCAAAUCAAAGGAUGACAAGAGUGCAGCACCACAGGCCACGGAUUCGGACGUUAUAAAAGAUGAACUGUAGAGCUUAUACGUCGGUAUUUAGCGGCUGCCGCGUCUGCUGAGUAAUGUUAUAUUUAGUCAUUAUGUAAUGAGUACUUACUAGUUAUACACUGAUGAGUCAGUUUUUGGGUCAAAAUCAGUGAGGUAAUGAAUGUCAGGCUGUAAAGUUUGAUAAAUUAUUUUUAUAUAUUAACAUAAGAAAAUUUUAUUGAAAACUAGUAAAUGAACUGUGCAGAACAUUUCAUUCAAGAGCUUGGCAGCUAUUAUUCUCUUUAGCCAUAUUUUACAACUGCAAGAGAUGAGAAUUCAAAGCAUUUGCAAAUCUAGUGUCAAAUAUUUUCUUGUAUGGUAAUAUAAACUGCCAGCAGCAUUAGAUUUAAAAUAUUUCCUCGGGAAUAUGAAUUUGACUCAGUAUUAAGUAGACUAUGGUUUCUAUGUACUGUAAUGUAUUACUACAGUAUAUAACUUCUGAUCAAGUUAAUUCUAUUUUAAAUUUAAUUAAUUUAAUUGUUGAUCUAUUUGUUGUCUUAUACAAAAUUGAUACAGUAUUUAAUUUUAAAAUACAUAUAAAGUAUAUAUAUAUAUAUAGAGGUGGUACCCACUAUAUACUAUUUUAGUAUAAUAUAUAAAUAAUAUAAAUUAAUGAAAACUAUUUUGGGAAAGUAAGAGUUUGGCCAAGUAGAGUCUAUGAAGAUGCAAAUAAUACUGUAUGAUGUAUUAAUUAUAAGUGGUGGUUUAAUGAUUUCUGCAUGUACAUUGCAGGGGAAGGUUCUGUGAUGACUUCAUUUACAGUUUUAUAUCCAUUCAAUGUAUUCUUUGUUUAAUCCAAAAUAGCUAUCUAGAUGUGUGCAGAACCCAGAUCAAAUAUUAUUGCUAUGUUCCUACACCUUUGUGUACGUACAGAACAGUAAUAUUUUGUUUAGCUUAUUGAAGGGAUUUUCAUUUUCGUCUUUUCAUUUCAUGUACGAGAAGUCGUUUUUGUUUGGGUUCACAUGUAAACACAAUAUGGAGGGAAUACGGGGGGUUGCAAUUCUAAAUAUUGAGUGGAGGGAAAGUUAAUUAAGAAGACUGGAACAGGAUUGGAUGGAUAGUGAGAUUGGAUUGACUGAAUGUGGCAGCACAACUUAAUACAAGGGUGAGGAGGAAUAACCUUGUAACUCUUCUUGUGAUUGACCUCUUUCUAGGGCCAUAACAAAACACAAGGUGUGUUUUAAGGCAAAAGUCUUCCUUUAUAUAACAGGAAUUGUACUUUUGCAAGCAGCAAAUCAUGAAACUUUUCUAAUGUUGGUAGCUAAUGUAAGAAUCUCGCUCAUAGAAAGCUUUAUAUAAUGUCAUGUUUGGAGUCUAUAAUAAUGGUAAUGAAUUUCAAAUUAUUAAUGAUUUAUAGUACUAAGUUAUUUUUUAACGGUUGGAUGUUAGGGCAUUAAAUAUGUUAGGUAUGUAAAGUUACUUUUUUUGUAGCUCUGAAGUUCCUUAGUUAUUGCAGAAAGGUAUGGAGUAUGGAUUAAAAAAAAUACGUGGUGUUUAAAAGAACAAAUCUAUAGUCUUUUGACUUGAUGGCAUAAAAGUAAUGCACAUGAUUUGUGAUGUAAUAGCAAUGGGUGACACUUUUAACUUGGAAUUUCAUCAGCACUAGUUUUAGAUGUGCUCGUAUAGCCUUUUGCUCUCAGUAUUUAGAAGUGUAAAAUUUGUAGAGAAGAUUUAUGUGAAAGUUAUUGUUAACAGGUUGGAAUUCACAUUUGUUAAAUGUCUUGCAAAGUACAUUUGUAAUAGUUUAAGAAUUCUCUUUUUCACAUGUCGGCACAUUUUUUUUACUUUUUAAGAUGUUGGAUGACGUGCUUAUCAAUGUGUUCAUUGUUGCCUACUUCAUGUGCGCAUAUUCAUAUAAAUGCCAUACAUGACAAAGAGGGGCUAGUAAUGUCAGUAUUAAUAUACGAGUGCUGAGUCACGCUCUUAUAUUCUUUAUGGGUGCUUUCAUCACUAAAAAUGUAAUGUAGGCUGGUUUUAAAGGCAAAAAAGUUUUCCCAAGAGGUGUGUCUUGGCAUUGUAAGUGUGCACAUUGUAAUCACUACUUAGCCAAACUGUCUUAGAUCAGUGUUUCGCAACCUUUUUGCCAUUAAAAUAAUUCCAGGUCGUAUAUUAGAUAAACACACGGAUUUCAUUGUCAAUUGAAAGGAGACGAUUUCUGUCUUUGCUCUUGAUGCUGGUUAAAUAAGAAAAUUAAACACAAAAAUGAUUACAAAUUUCAUUUACACAUGAUUAGAAUUAGCAUAUUUAUCACUCUCUCUUGUGGAACCCUUAGUUAUCUUGGGGGGGGCCCAUGGAAGCCAGGUUAAGAACCCCUCUGGUUUACAUGGAGUUGUGUACAUUUGAAAUGCAAAUAGAAAGUGCUCUUAACUUGGUAGCUCUUAAACCAUAACAAAAACAAAAUUGACAGAAAGAUAUACUGUACUAAUAUAUUUCAACAUGAAUUUGGUGUCCAUUGGCACCCUCUGGUCAGAAUUUUACAGCAGCUAGAAAAGGGUGGCCAUUGGGUAUUCUGGCCAUUAUGACAUCAUUUCUGUAUAUGAAUAUGAACAGAGGUUUUAUUGUUUUGACCUUAACAUUGUGAAAUUUAUCCAGUAAUUUGCAGCUUAUAUAGUACUUAAAAACUCUAACUUUCCAUAUAUACUUAUGUAUUUCAGUCCCUCCUCCAGUAAAAUAGCUUAUAUCGUAACCGAGAAGCAUUUGAAAAAAUUAUGAAUAGUUGUGGGAGUAUAAAAGUCAAAUUUUUGUACUAAAAGGUAUAGUAUAGGAAAAUACAUUUGAUGAAAAACCCAAUGUACCUUGUCCUAGGCCCGAUGUACCUUAUGCUAGGCUGGCUUGCCUUAUCCUCAGCCUAAUGCACCUUAUCCUCUGGCUGACACACCUUAUCCUUGGCCUGGUGCACCUUAAUAUUGGCCUGACAAACCUUAUCCUAUUAAUAAUGUAGUACAGUGCAUAUUACCCUUAGGUAUAUGUUUAUUUUUUCUCCUGACCUUUGCACAUUCUCGUAGAUUUUUCGGUAGGAAACACGUGUUGUUAUAUUAAGUUUAUAUUGUGUCCAUACAUGUCCCGGUUGCUAUUUGUGCUAUCUUAUUGGAGGAAGUUUUUAUUUAUAUAUAUAUACAAUAUUAUACAACUUGGGUAUAUACAUUGGCAUUUAGAUUAUAAUUAAUAAGGUAAAUCAAGUUUAACAUACAGUAGCACAUUAACUGGAAGGUAAUGCUGUUUAACAAUGAAUAUCUGUAUUAUUCAGGUGGGAAGAGAUUGUUAAUGUUUUAUGUAUGGAAUUUUUGUACCGAUGACAGAAAAAAAAAAAUAUUUUGUGUGGUAUGCCUUGGCAACUAUAAAUAGAAGAGAAAAUACCA